CACCGGGUCCGGGUGCAGUGCAACCCGAGAGACCGGCUGGGCCUGGACAUCAGGAUGCAGGACUACUCCCUGAGGAUCCUGAACAUCGACGACGGGCCCUUCCUGCACUGGAACCGCUCCGCCGACUGCCUGUGUCCGGUGCGGACAGGCGACGACAUAGUGCAGGUGAACCGCGUCCGGGGCAGCGGCUUCCAGCUGCUCCAGGCGCUGAUCAACCGCGGCAGCUGCGUGGAGCUCGUCCUGGCGCGGGCGAGCGAUGCGCCGGGCGAGGAGGCCGACGCCUCGUUCUGGUCCGAGGACGAGCGGGAGCGCCGCGAGCAGGGCUACCACGACGAGCAGCAGAGG